UCAGAGCUUUAAAAAUCACAGGGACAGCACAGCAACAGUGUUAGUGCUUAGGUUGCUACUGACCAGUCUACUGCUAUAGAGUGUGUUAUACUGCACGGACUUUCAGAACUGGACUGUGAAGGGACCCCAGGAGAUUGAAGAUGGAGGCAAGGCAGCCUUGUCCCAGAAGAUGAGAACUGGUGAUGAGUUGGUGAAUAUCAAUGGCACUCCAUUGUAUGGCUCCCGCCAAGAGGCCCUCAUCCUUAUCAAAGGCUCCUUCAGGAUCCUCAAGCUGAUUGUCAGGAGGAGAAACAUCCCUGUCAGUAGGCCGCACUCAUGGCAUGUGGCCAAGCUAUUGGAGGGGUGCCCUGAAGCGGCCACCACCAUGCAUUUCCCUUCUGAAGCCUUCAGCUUAUCCUGGCAUUCCGGUUGCAACACAAGUGACGUGUGUGUACAGUGGUGCCCCCUCUCCCGGCACUGCAGUACUGAGAAAAGCAGCUCUAUUGGCAGCAUGGAGAGCCUGGAACAGCCAGGCCAAGCUACCUACGAGGGCCACCUCUUACCCAUUGACCAGAACAUGUACCCCAGCCAGCGUGACUCAGCCUACAGCUCCUUCUCAGCUAGCUCAAAUGCCUCUGACUGUGCCCUAUCCCUUAGGCCAGAGGAACCACCAUCCACAGACUGUGUCAUGCCAGGCCCAGGACAAACUAAAGCCAUUGAUGGCCGAUCUAAUAUAUCUGAGACCUCAGGAAUUAGCCACAGUACCAGUGGGGGCCAUGUGACCUCCACUUCUCAUGAAUCAUCCUGCCCAGAGGAGGGCCAGCACUCAGGACCUGCCAAGAUGGUCCAAGGUCCACCAGAGCCUCCAGUGAGGCGGGACAGCCUUCAGGCCUCUAGAGCCCAACUCCUCAAUGGAGAACAGCGCCGUACAUCUGAGCCUGUGGACUCGUUGCAACAGAAGGAGAAACAAGGCUUAGAGACAGUGCUUCCUGCAAGGGACCCUAACCAGUUCUGCUGCAUUAGUGGGCAAGACCAAGUGACAGGUGAGGGUCACCAGAACUGUGAGUUCAGCCAACCUUCUGAAUCCAGCCAGGAGGACUCUGAGCAUCUACUAAGAGAGGGCUCCUCUAAAGCUCUUGAUUCCCCAAAAACACAUGACAAAGGUUCCAGCAGAGAGUUCAGCCUGGUUAAGGAUGCUCCAGCAGAUUUGGCUAACACUUUGACCUUCGGUGCCAUUCCACGCCUCCGAGGAACCACAGAGCAUCGUCAUAGUGCCCCUGAGCAGCUGCUGGCUUCCCACUUGCAGCAAGUGCACCUUGAUUCCAGAGGCAGCAAGGGGAUGGAGUUGCCAACUGGGCAGGAUGGGCACCAGUGGACUGUGUCCCCUUUGCACAACAACCCUAAGGGAAAGAAAAGUUCAGGUCUCCCCACAGGAGACACUCAGGACCAGCCUAGCAAUGAAAGGAAGACCAAGCUUAUAGAUGAUAAGCUGAUGGGUUCAGUACACCGGAGCCAAAGUGGUUCCCCACUUGGAGAGGUUGAUGGACACCUGCCAGAACGAACUUACUUGGACCCAAACAGAGCAAGCAGAACAGUCAGUGACUUGGCUAGCCAACAGCCCUCUGCCACUUGCUCCUCCAUUCAACAAGCCAGAGAUUUCUUUUCAACUUCUAAAGAAGCUGGUCACACAGAAGCAACUGACGAAGGUGACAGUGAGACCAAGGAAUGUGGCCGAUUGGGUGGCAGAAGAAGCGGAGGCGCCCGCGGACGCUCCAUCCAAAACCGGCGGAAGAGUGAGAGGUUUGCUACCAAUCUUAGGAAUGAAAUUCAGAGGAGGAAAGCCCAGCUCCAGAAAAGUAAGGGUCCAUUGUCACAGUUGUGUGACACUAAGGAGCCAGUGCAAGAGACCCAAGAGCCUCCAGAGAGCCCUCCACUCUCUGCUUCUAAUUCGUCUCUUCUGUCUUCAUAUAAAAAAGUCCCUAGCCCUGGAGACAAGCUCUUCAACAAAAACAUGAUUCUCAGGGCUAGGUCUUCAGAGUGCCUCAGCCAAGCCUCCGAGAGCUCCAAAGCUAGGGUAGACUUAGAGGGAAGGAUAAGCCCUUGCCAGAGGUCUGGCCAGUCUUCUUUGGGCCUGAACACCUGGUGGAAGGCAUCUGACUCAUCCUCCUUAGAAACUGACAAAGCAAAUGCUCCCCAGGGGGUCUGUGGAGGUCACUGGAGAUGCUUACCAGAAUAUAACCCACAGUCACAGGUGCCUUUAUCCACAGAAGGUCCUUCCAGCCCAAAUGACAACAAAGAACCGAAGACAUCUACUGCUCAAGCAGGGGAAGAAGCCAUCCUCUUGCCAUUUGCAGACAGACGAAAGUUCUUUGAAGAGAGCAGUAAAUCCUUAUCUACAUCUCAUUUGCCAGGCUUAACUACUCAUAGCAACAAGACUUUUUCCCAGAGACCAAAACCUAUAGACCAAAACUUCCAGUCAGUGAGCUAUAGGGAAUUGAGAUGCCAUCCCCUGGACCAAUCAUAUCAUUCCACAGACCAAACAUACCAUGCUGUAGACCAAUCAUAUCAUUCCAUGUCACCACUUCAGGCAGAAACUCCCAAUUACCCAGAAUGUUUUGCUACCAAAGGUCUAGAAAAUUCCCUGUGCUGUAAGCCACUGCACUGUGGAGAUUUCGAUUAUCACAGGACCUGUUCCUAUUCCUGCAGUGUUCAGGGAACUGUAAUGCAUGAUCCUUGCAUUUAUUGUUCUGGAGAAAUCUGUCCUGCAUUGCUAAAGAGAAAUUUGUUGCCCAACUGCCACAACUGUAGGUGCCACCACCACCAAUGCAUUCGGUGUACGGCUUGCUAUCACAAUCCUCCGCAUGGUGCCCUUGAGGACAGCAGCCUGGCAUCUGGCAAUGCUUGGAAAUCUAGGAAGGCAUCACUACAGGAAUUUCCUGGGGACAAGUGGAAGCCAAUAGCAGGCAACAGGAAAACUAGCCAUUCAGGGAGGGAAAUGGCACAUUCUAAGGCCAGCUUUUCAUGGUCUACUCCCUUCCAUCCUUGCCUUGAGAACCCAGCACUGGACUUGUCAAACUACCGAGCAAUCUCUUCUCUUGACCUCCUUGGAGACUUCAAACUUGCCUUGAACAAAGCAGAGGAAUCUUCAGUUUAUGAGGAUGGGAGUUCGGUUGCCUCCAUGCCCCGCCCACUGCGAAGCCGAGCCUUCUCAGAGAGUCACAUCAGCUUAGAGCCUCAAAACACCCGGGCCUGGGGAAAGCCUCAGAGAGAACCAUUUGCUAAAAGCAAUGAGACUCAGCCAGAACUCCUUGGGGCCCGAAAGAAGCCUUUUCCUCCCCCUCGCCCUCCUCCUCCCAACUGGGAAAAAUAUAGGCUUUUCCGUGCAGCCCAGCAGAAGCAGCAGCAGCAGCAGCAGCAACAACAACAGAGGUGUGAUGAGGAAGAAGAGGAAGUAGAGGAGGAAGAGAAGGAGCAGGAGCAGGAGGAGGGAGAAAAAGAAGAGGAUCUACCACCCCAGUAUUUUAGUUCAGAAACCACUGGUUCCCGUGCCCCUAAUCCAGAUGAGGGCCUGGAGCAGCCACAGCCUCUGAAGAUGGGUCACCUGGAGGCCUCAAGGCAGGCUACACAGAGUCUACCAGAGCAACAGGACUUUGCUCUGCAUCCCAGUGAUUUUGUGCCUCCAGUAAGGGGCCACACUGGAGCCCAGCCUGAGAAAGCUCAACCUCCUUGCUAUUAUGGCAGUCAUGGACUAUGGAGGACAACCGAGCAAGAAGCUACUGUGACCCCAAAACAAGAGUUUCAGCACUUCUCACCUCCUCCGGGGGCCUCAGGAAUCCCUACCUCUUACUCAGCAUAUUAUAAUAUCUCUGUGGCCAAGGCAGAACUGCUGAAUAAGCUAAAAGAACAGCCUGAGAUGGCAGAGGCAGGCCUGGGAGAGGAGGGAGUUGACUAUGAACUGGCUCAAAAAAAGAUUCAGCUCAUUGAAAGUAUUGGUCGGAAACUUUCUGUCCUGAGGGAGGCCCAGCGAGGCCUAGUGGAUGACAUCAAUGCCAAUUCCGCCCUUGGAGAGGAGGUAGAGGCCAACUUAAAAGCUGUUUGCAAAUCCAAUGAGCUUGAAAAGUAUCACUUGUUUAUUGGGGACCUGGACAAAGUGGUCAACCUGUUGCUGUCACUCUCUGGACGACUGGCCCGGGUAGAGAAUGCGCUCAACAGCAUCGAUUCAGAGACCAACCAGGAGAAGUUGGUGCUGAUCGAGAAGAAGCGGCAGCUGACAAGCCAGUUGGCAGAUGCCAAGGAGCUGAAGGAGCACGUGGACCGCAGGGAGAAGUUGGUGUUCAGCAUGGUCUCCCGAUACCUGCCUCAGGACCAGCUCCAAGAUUACCAGCACUUUGUGAAGAUGAAAUCUGCUCUCAUCAUUGAACAGAGAGAGCUGGAGGAGAAGAUUAAACUUGGGGAAGAGCAGCUUAGAUGCCUCAAAGAGAGCCUGCACUUGGGGCCCAACAAUUUCUAAUUCUGCCGGUGCCGCUGCACCCCUGCCUAUCCACAAUGGAAAGUGCUUUCAACCUUGAGUAGCAGUUUGCUAGCCAAGUAUAUAGAAAUUACUUAGCAGAUGCUGCCAGCCAUGGAGGAGAGCCUGGGAAGACCCCAAACUUCUGUCUUGCAGAGCUGCAGCAAGGUGUGAUUGUACCAUGUUUUUUCCCUGUGAGUGGGAACCACUCACUGCCCAUAGAACCAAUCAAGUGCCUUCAUCUCUGAACUAGGACACCAAAGAUACCACAAACUCAAUAUGUUCCCUUGCCACACUAGCCUCUUUAUGUUCACAGUGAAACUGCCUGUGCAAUUUCCCUCUUCCCUAGGACUAGUGACCUAGCUUAGCCAUUGUCCACGCACAUUGGCUUGACUUGAAUGCAUUCACCUGACAUCAGCUUCAGGUCCUCACCCAGACUUCACAGCAGGGGGCACAGAAGGGAAAAGUCCAUAGAAGAGGAGCAAAUGUUGGGUAUGCCUGCCUAGUCAUCCUCCCCUCCAGGAAAAGCCAGGCAUAAAUGAAGUGGUUCCGUGUCUACCCUGCCUGACAGCUAGUGACAGUGUUGUUACUGUGGCCUUCCUAGCUUAACAUGAUGGGCCACUACUUUAAUUGUAUCUUGCCCUGAUAUCACUAGGAAUCAUGUGCCGGGGCUUCCCUCUCUCAAUCUUUAAUGUUUCUAUUGCAGCCAACUUCUGGAUAUAGAUUCAUUAUUAAGGGAGAGGGCUCUUAUUAUAUUUUAAAUGGUCUUUGAUUUUUAUUUAUUUUUAUGUUUUCUUUUUUAACUAAUGAAGCAGGAAGACAUGAGUUAGAGAGGAGGAAGUUAGCCAGAAGGAAAACAUUAUCCAUAGAUAAGCCUGAGUCCACCAUGGCUGGGUAAGCAAGUGCCAAGGCAUUGAAUUCUUCCUGCCAUAGCUUCAAGUAUCUAAGAAAGUUUACCUCUUGAACUCAUAGCCUGUCUACCAUAGCUUGGCUAUGUGCUUCCUGAGUAGAGGUCACUGUUUUCUAACCAGAGUAUUCUCCUAAAACUGAAAAAAAUAGGAUGCAUGAAUGAAUGAAGGUGAAGUGUGGAAGGCACCCUUUUAGCAAGUGCUUUCUCAGCAGCUAGCCUCAAGGAAGCAAAACAAUGAGAGUGUUUUUAGCCAGGGCCAGGCUCCAGAAAAAAUUAGGAUCCAUCCAGGAUCUAGACAACAGUAUCCUUCCUUAUCUUCUGGGCCUAAGUACUAAAGCAUCUCCUCUGGUGGAUGCCCAAGAUCUUGGGUAGUUCCAAAGCUUGUAUAUACCACAAUUGUUAAUCUUAUCACUGAGGGGACUAAUAAGUGACUAAAGAGAGGUAGCCUGUAUAGCAUGGGUACACUGGAUAAAUAGAUGAUUCAUGAUCCAUGUGGAAUGGAGCAAAAUUUUUUCACACUACUCAGAAUGGCACAUAAUUUAAAACUUAUCCGUUGUUUUACUCUAUAAUAUCACAUUUAGUAUUUCCAAACCAUGGUUGAUCAUGAGAACUGAAACUAUGGAAGGUGAAACCACAGAGAUUAAUGUAUAAAGAACUAAAGCUGUUGCUUUUGCCAAGACCUGACAUUGGUAGCCAGCUUCUGUCCUAGAAAAACAUUUUUGAGGGCAAUAGCAAGAGGGGAAGUACCACCAAACUGCCCUUUUCUCUAGCUCAGGCUUACAUUCUUUACUAACUGGACACAAUCCUUGAUGUUCUCCCCUAACAAUACAACAGAAGCCCAAAAGAACCAAGCCCUGGCAUUGCCACAUGUUACUGCUGACUUCCUCAGGGUUCUGGGGUUCAUUGUAGCUGCAGUGUUACCUCAUUCAACCAAAGAAUUUGCCAAGGAGCUUCACUGCUGCUACAAAUACUGGUCACUAUUUUCCAUUAUCUCCACACUGUGUCACAGCUUUGGGAGGAUCUUGGCCAGCAGGAUAUUCUAAAGAGGUGGCAACCUUUUCCGUGGGUUGCUGGGUAUGCUUUUUAUAGUACUGCUGCCUCUACAAUAACCACUGUUACUAUGUCAGUACUGCCAUUCUCCCCUCAAGUGGAAGACUGCAAUUUAUUUUAAACAUAACCCCCAAAAUCUAUACUGAGCAUGAAGCUCUGUAGCCACUGUUCUGUGCUAUGCUGUGUGGUACUGUGCAGUGCAGGGCUGUGAAGUGGUAUGCUGUGAAGUGCUGUGGUGUGCUAUGAAGUGCAGUGCUGUACAUAGCUGUCCAGUGCUCUUCUGUGUUAUGCUGUUCUGUUCUGUGCUAUUCUAUUCAGGAUGGCUGCAAGCUUACCCAAAGGAAAAUUGGGGAGAGGUGAGCAAAUGCUAUGAAUAAGGCUGCACUUGCCUCACCUUCUUUUAACAAUGGGCCCUAGGACAAUCAAAGUUCAAAUGGCUUAUACUAGGAUGAUGAGAGUUAUGUGAUAUAGCAUUCGAAGAUGUAUGAGAAUUAUGUGUUUUAUUGUUUAAAGAUGUGUUUGACUAUAAUAGAACAAGGAGCAGUCAUUGUGCUGGAUAUCAUGGCCAUAGACUGGGUAUUUGUAGCCUUUGUUAUGUUUCUUUUACCUUAAGUAUAUGAUACCAAAAAUACUAUUAACUGUGGUUUGUGUUUGUUUGUUAUUUUAGCAUUGUUGGAGGUGGAACCAAGGCCUUAUGUAUACUGGGCAAGUGCUGUAUCAUUGGCUACAGCCACAGUCUUAAUUCUCGUUUUUUGUCACUCAUCCCACCUCAAAAUAGUUUGUAGAGUUGGAUUCAGAAUACAGAGCAGAGCUUCCAGAGUAUUUGAAAGAUAACCUCAAAAAUAUAUUGCAUAGCAAAGCUCAAUAGACUAAACUGACCCUGGCAUGCCCUACUCCAGCUGUGGCAUUUCCACAGUGGGGAAUAUCGCUGCAAAGUACCAGUACUGCUUGGCAUGGGAUAUCUCUCUCUGGUCUUGGUUUCUGGGAUCAGCCAUCUUUCAAGGCCCCUGAGAAGAUAGCAGCAUGAAAGUAGGUCAAAAGAUUGGCAACCCCCACCCAAAGGUUACUUGUCUUCCACUCUUUCCCUUAAAAUACUUAGAUAAACCUCACUGAAUAAUAGGAAAGCAGGGUGGAGGAUAGAAGGGAAUCAAUGCAAUUUUACUAGGAUACACCUAUUCUGCCCCCAUCCCCAGGCCUCUAGAAAAUUGACCUUCCUCAAGUCCCAUGAUUGAAGACUCAGCCAAGUAUAGCAGUAAAUACCCAAGUAGAAUCUAAGAGACUAAUGUCAGAUAGACUGGAAUUAAAGCCCUAAAAGGGAGAAAUUGGAUGCAUAGGAAAGGAAAGAGAGUAAAAACAUAAAAAGCCUCUUUCAAGAUUGGGUUCAUAUUUCUGUUUGCCACUUAAGCUCGUGUGCCAAAAAGAGGCUGCCUUAGGGGUACCAGAACUUCAUCCUCAACGCCAGCCUCCCUAAAGGUGCUGCUUUUCUAGUAGCAAGCCUCAGAUAGAAGUUGGGUGAAUUUCUGGCUACCUCUACCCAUGUGGAACCUGGCAGUUCCCUCUCAUUGUCAGAGGAGCUGUGUAUGCCAAUAAGAAUUCUGUGGCAGAAUAUUGUAUUAUUUGAAGAUUGAAUCCUUAGAAGGGGGUGGGGCAUGGGACAGUGUAUAUAGAUCAAGAAUCAGUAUUUGCUGUAUAAUUUGGGGGAGUUGUCUAUCUCAUGUAAUGCUAUUGUUUUUCUGAAUCUUACUGUUUCUGUAUUUGUGUCCUCCACCAUACCCCUCUUGGCUGUCAUUGAUAUGCCUGCCAUAUUGUCAUCAAGGGUCUUACUUCAAUAAAAGGUGCUAAGGACAACA